AUGGAAUCAGAAAUAUCUCUGAAUUUUACUUUGAUGCUGACUCUCUUACAUUUGGUUAAGCUGGUUGUGGGAGUGUUGAUCAAUAUUUUUGGUUCAGGCACCACUGCUUAUCAAGUGGAAGGUGCUGCUAAUGAAGAUGGAAGAACUCCUACCAUCAGGGAUACCUUUGUCCAUGCUGGGUAUGGGCAUGGAGAAAAUGGAGAUGUACCCUCUGAUGGGUACCAUAAAUAUAAGGAAGAUGUGCAUCUCAUGGAGGAAUCAGGUCUUGAAGCCUAUAGAUUUUCCAUUUCUUGGUUGAGAUUGAUACCAAAUGGUAGAGGACCUAUCAAUCCCAAUGAAUUACAAUAUUACAACAGUGUUAUUAAUGAACUUAUUAGCAAAAGAAUCCAACCUCAUGUUACACUGCACAACCGUGAUCUUCCUCAGGUACUUGAGGAUGAAUAUAGAUUUAACAAUGAAGGAUGUGUUAGUCGUGAUAUCAUAAAAUGCUUCACAAACUAUGCAAAUGUGUGUUUUACAGAGUUUGGUGAUUGUUACGCUCUUUGCUAUUCGACAAGUGUACCGAGUCCACAAGACCAACAAUAUGGAUAUGUUGGUAUAUUUGUUUAUACAUUUGGGUUCAUUCCUCUUACAGAUGCAGAGAAAGAUAAGACAGCCUUCUAA